GGGAAAUAGUGUUAGUGAACACCCACCUCACUAAAAAACAUGGGUGAAACUAGUUGACACAACAUGUACUAGGAAACAAAACAUACUAUGAACUCUCUCUCUCCUCACCGUUCUUCAAUCAAACCCCAAAAUAUUAUUUCAGUGAAAAAAUACAGAUAAUUUCUUCAAUUGAAGCAUAUACAAAUGAGCGACCAACAAGAAUCCACUCCUUCUUUCUUCAAGGUCAUCCGUUACCCAUCCGCUGGUUAUCUGUCAUUACCAAAUGCUUUUGUGAGGAGAUAUUUCAACAAGAUCCCUAAAAACCCCACACUCGUAACUGCAACUGGGGAGCAUUCAUGGAGGAUGAAGCUUGUAAAAAUCGGUGAAGAUUACUGUUUUGCCCAUGGAUGGGAUGAAUUGGUCAAAGAUGCUGGAUUGUGUAGCAGGGACGUUGUUGUCUUUUGGCUUAUGGACUCUAGAAUCUUCCGUGUCUCUUUUCUUGGUGCCAAUGGAUGUGAAAAAUAUGUUCCGGUUAAUAAAACCAGUGAUGUUGUUAAGGAUGAUGGUAAAUGCCAUAAUGAUGAUGCAAAUCUUUGCUUUGAAAGGGUGUUUGGUCAUGGAUCUUUCAAAUAUUACAUGUUGCUGCCGAUCAAAUUUGUGAAGGCUGCAGGACUAGAACAUAAAGAGAGCGUAAAGUUGAAGGAUCAUGAAGGUAUAGAGUGGACAAUGAGGUUAACGGCACACGGAAAAAAAGGAUCAGCGAGUGUCGUAUACAGCUUAUCAGCAGGAUGGGCAAUGUUCCGUAAGCAUUACAAGUUAUCAGAAGGUGAUGUGGGUACAUUCACGUUCGACAAGCAACAAGGCGUCAUAAAUCUAACUCAAUUGAUCAAGAGCAAAAGACCAAUCAAACAAGAAACUCCAAUGGGAGCACAAUCAUGUUAUGGUGAUGCGAAUGUUCAGAUUGAUGAUCAAUGGUCGCCAACUGAGAAACCUUGCAGCAGUGGUGGUGCUGGUGUGAAGGUUAAUAAAACCAGGGAUGAAUACGAUGAUGUUGUUAAGGAUGAUGGUAAAUGCCAUAAUGAUGAUGAUGCAAAUCUUUGCUUUGAAAGGGUGAUUGGUCACAGAUCUUUCGGAUAUUACAUGUUGCUGCCAACCAAAUUUGUGAAGGCUGCAGGACUAGAACAUAAAGAGAGCGUAAAGUUGAAGGACCAUGAAGGAAAAGAGUGGACAAUGAGGUUAAUAACGGCACGCGGAAAAAGAGGAUACUCGAGGGUCAGAUACUGCUUAUCAGCAGGAUGGGCAAUGUUCCGUAAGCAUUACAGGCUAUCAGAAGGUGAUGUGGGCAUAUUCACGUUCGACAAGCAACAAGGCGUCAUAAAUCUAACUCAAUUGAUCAAGAGCAAAAGACCAAUCAAACAAGAAACUCCAAUGGGAACACAAUCAUGUUAUGGUGAUGCGAAUGUUCAGAUUGAAGAUCAAUGGUCGCCAACUGAGAAACCUUGCAGCAGCGGUGGUGCUAGUGUGAAGGUUAAGACCGAAUAUGAGUCGGGUCCUGAGAUGGUAGUGGUGAAGGAAAAUAGGGGAAGGCCGCCGUUGAAGAGAUUUGCUGAAGCUAAAAUUGAAUGGGUUCCAGAGAUGAUGAGGAAACCAAAGAGGGAAGUGGCGCCACUUGAGAAACCGAGCAAGGGUGGUGGUGUGGAGGUAAAUGCUGGAAUGGGGGCGGAGAGUGUGUUUCGAAGUAAGCAUGUUUACUUCUAAUGAAAUGGUGAUUUGAUGGUGGUUCUGGCAGUUUUCGUUCAAAAUCAUUUAAUUCGCGUGUGCUUCUUGAAUUAAAGCGGGCGAUGGUGUUGGCGGACGACCGCACAGUGUAGUUAAUCUCUUUAUGUUGUAGAUCUUCUGUCUCUAGUUUGUAGCUUAACCAUUUUUUUUUCUAGUUUAUCUGUUAAUAUUUUCAUGUUGAGAUAUGUUUUAAGCAGUAUCAAUUUAUGUGUUGUUUGGUGUGCCCA